AUGGGCAUAAUUCUGAGAUUUGUGAAUAAGCAAGGGAAGGUCAUUGAAAGGUUUCUCGGUCUUGAGUCGGUCGAAGAUACUACACUAACUGCUAUUCAGGGAUGUUUGGUUGGCUUUCUUGUUCGGCAUGGUUUAUCCAUUUCUAGGAUACGAGGGCAGGGCUAUCAUGGUCAGUCAAAUAUGAGAGGAGAAUUUAAUGACCUGCAGAGACAGAUACGAGAUAAACAUGGCUGUCCUGAUUCUCGAGCAUCAGUUUCUAUAGAAACAAUAGAAAGCUUUGAAUUUGUGUUCAUAUUAAAGAUGAUGCUAAAAUUGUUUGCCAUUAUUAAUGAACUAUCACUUAUUUUACAACAAAAAGACCAAGACAUCAGUCAGGCUAUGGGGUUGCUUGUGGAUGUGAAUGAGUGCUUGAAAACCUUGAGGGAUAAUGGCUGGGAUGCAUUGUUUGAAGAUGUCAAAAAAUUUUGCGCUGCAAAUGAAAUUCUAGUACCAAAUAUGGAUGAACACAUACCAAGUAUGGGCCAUUCACGGCUAAGUGGGAUAACUGUGUCUCAGCUUCAUUAUUAUCGUGUCCAGAUUUUCUUUGCUGCUAUUGACUCCAUUCGAACAGAGAUGUCCCAUCGUUUCAAUGAUGUUUCCAUGGAUUUGUUAGUGCGAUUUUCCUGCCUUGAUCCAAAGAGGAACUUCUCCCAGUUUGAUGUGGAGAAAAUUGCUCAACUUGCUGAUAUUUAUUCUGAAGAUUUCCUUGAGGCUGAUCGUGCACUUAUGAAGGAUCAACUUGAAGCCUAUAUUUGCUAUGUGAGAACACACGUUGAAUUUACUUUCUGUCGUGAUAUUGCAAGUUUGGCUGCAAAAAUGGUUGAAACCAAACAACAUAUUAUUUUCCCUUUGGUGUAUCGCCUCCUUGAGUUAGCAUUGUUGUUACCAGUCGCGACAGCAUCGGUUGAAAGGAUUUCUUCAGCAGUUAACAUUAUCCCUACUGAUAUGUGCAAUGAAAUACCUAUAGAUUGGUUGAGUGACUUUGCUGUGUACUACAUUGAGGAAGACAUAUCGAAAGAUCUUGAUGCUGAAAAAAUUUUAGAGCGCUUUCAGAGCAUGGUAACUCAGAGAAUGCAGUAA